CCACCCCUGGUGAAUGGGAAAAGACCAAUGGAGGUGAGAGAGCCGGACGAGGACCAUGUGAAGUCCAUCAUGGACUCCAUGUUGAAGCAGCCAACUGGAGAUCAUCUUCCCUUCGUUGGCCUCGUCGACCCUGCCCAAGCCGGGCGAAAAGAAGACGUGAGCUUGACGAAACUGAGAGCCGGCGACUACGACAUUUUUGUGCUUGGUGGUGGCCACAGUCGGGAAGGGAGGGAGCGGUUAGCAUGUGUGAACGCCGACAACGAGGAGUACCAGCACAAUGUGUGCUAUGUUUACAUUGGCCUCACGAUCGAUGAGGCAAGGCAGGUUGCCUACAGGCAUAACCUUGCGCCGGGUUACCGCAGGGACUUGAGCUUCAUCGAGAAGCUCAGGUGCUGGCGCCAAGUCUUUGAGAGCAGGGGGUGCGUCAAGUUGCAAGAAGUGAAGCUCGCUUGCCAGAAAGAAGCAGGGAUUCCGAACGCGGCGAGAAAAUUGAACGCCCAAGACCCGUUGUUGCAGUGUGCUUUCAAACCCCAAGAGAUUUGGGAGCUCAUGUGUAAGAUCAUGAGCAUGUGGCAGAAGGGCGAGGUCAAAGGCCAAAAACUGAAGCCGGCUGCGAGGAGAUUCUUGGAAGCGGACCAGGAUCUGGAACCGAGCGAGUCCGAGGGCGCGAAGAAAAGCCAGCGUGGGAAGAGGCUUAAUAUGGCGGCUGCGAAGGAACAAGCAAUGACGCUUCUUUAUCCACGGGUGCAACUGCAGGGUAACAAGGUCCCCAUGGUCGCCGAGGACAGGCCAGCGCAACACUGGAUAGCCAUGGGUAGUAUGGCUCCAGAGAACGGCGUCCCUAUCCUCCUUGAGGUCAUUGCGAAGCAGAUCUCGCUUAAGGAGAUGGAGAAGAAGUUCCAACUUGUCAAGAAAAUCGCCUACGUCUGCAAGGCAUUCGCAAACAAGGAGAGGAGACUGCAAGCGAAGAACGCUAUUCACGCGUUCCGUGCGAAAGCUCUCGUGGAACCGUUCGUCAAGUGGACGGAGGUGACACACGAUAACGACUCGGCGGAAGUGAAAAUUAUCAAUGGCGACAUGCGCUUGUUGUCGAAGCUGCAGACAGAAAAGCUGCCGAUAUCUCUGGCUAUUUUCGACUUCCCUUACGGGUUCGCGCACGAGGGCCACGCAUCUUAUAAUGAGCCGUUUCCGGAGUCGGACGUUGUGUUGGUUCUUCACAAUCUGAAGGACGUUUCCAGUGCCCCGUUGUGGACAGUUGCGGGAUUCUGUUCCGUGGACAUGCUUCCUUUCAUCCGUUCUGCGUUCCGGGAGGUUUGCAAUGCAGGGCAGGAGCUUUUGACGUGGUGCAAGCCUAAUGUGACGAAUCCGGGUGGGCCACGGCUUGUGAGUGCGACCGAAUUCUGCGUGCUGGGCUACUACAGUGAGAGUGGGCAGCGCGAGAUGGCGCAUCACAAUUUUGAUCCCACUGAUAUGCGUCACAAUUUUCAGCUCUUCAAUGUUGUGACGCAGAAGUACCAACACCCUGGUGGCGGUGUUCUCUGCUCGUACCAGAAGCCGUAUACUUUGUACUCCUGGCUUGUGAACAAAUUCUCUCCUGCAGGGGCCUGCGUUUUGGAUGGUUUCUCCGAUUUCGGCACAGGCGCCAUAACAUGCGUCAAGGCAAAUCGGAAUUGCCUUGUGGUGGAGAUAAACACCAAGUGCGCUAAGGGCAUCGCCAUGAGGCUUCUGACAGACAUCGGCGGCACACUUGCACGCGAAACGCCAAAGCGGAAAGAAAAGGUCGCAUAAGGCAGCCCAACCUCUAAGUUGUCUGAGGAUACGAAGUCUGCCGGAAAUGAACUCGUGCCCGACGA